AUCUGCAUAUGUCCUGUCUUGUUCCUUCUGCACAGAUUUAUGUUCAUGGUGUGUGUUCCAGUGCCCGGCUGACUACGUAAGACACUACUUUGCUCAGUGGUUUACCACUAGAUGCAUUAAAUAAAUAUGCUUUAUAUUUUGUGCUUGGGUUGUAAUGAUUUUGCCUGCUUCCGGACUCUAACCAAGUAAGGCAACAAAAGUGGUCUGUAGAACACAACUUGCUGCCAGUAAACUUCUGUACCAGCAUCCUCAGUUGUGUCCUGAGCUAUUGAGGUUGGAUGGUUAGAGAUUGUGUGUUGCCCUUGAGCAUCUUCCCUGGAAGCUAGAUCUCAAAGUGGCAAAUAUAAGUUCCAGGUUUGAUCAGGUCUCUUAAUAUGUGUGUAGGUGGGGGGUGGGCAGGGCACAUAAUCUCAAGGCUACAAGGUCCUUAAAGACAUUUCCUCCAGCAAAGAUGACUACCUCUGGGUGCUAUGCCGUGUUGUUUGAAAGUAUGGAUUUUCCAAAGCUCUUAAACUUUUAAGUUUCUCUCCUGGAUCCAGGUGCACUUGUUAUUUCCCCCUCGGAGAAGACCACAGCCACUGGGGGAGUAGCUAUUAAUGGAAGAACACGGAGUGACCCAAACAGAGCACAUGGCCACCAUUGAGGCCCACGCAGUGGCCCAGCAGGUGCAGCAGGUCCAUGUGGCCACCUACACAGAGCACAGCAUGCUGAGUGCGGACGAAGACUCGCCGUCUUCGCCGGAGGACACCUCCUACGAUGACUCUGACAUCCUCAACUCCACGGCUGCCGACGAGGUCACUGCCCACCUGGCUGCGGCAGGCCCUGUGGGGAUGGCAGCAGCUGCUGCUGUGGCAACAGGUAAAAAACGAAAGCGACCACACGUUUUUGAAUCCAACCCAUCGAUCCGCAAGAGACAGCAGACACGUUUGUUGCGGAAGCUCCGAGCCACGCUGGAUGAGUACACCACCAGAGUGGGGCAGCAGGCCAUUGUUCUGUGCAUCUCACCCUCCAAACCCAAUCCUGUCUUUAAAGUAUUCGGUGCUGCACCCUUGGAGAACGUGGUACGCAAGUACAAGAGCAUGAUUCUGGAAGACCUGGAGUCCGCACUAGCGGAGCACGCUCCUGCGCCUCAGGAGGUUAACUCCGAGUUACCACCCCUCACCAUCGACGGCAUUCCCGUCUCGGUGGACAAGAUGACCCAGGCGCAGCUGCGAGCUUUCAUCCCUGAGAUGCUGAAGUAUUCCACGGGCCGUGGGAAACCAGGCUGGGGCAAGGAAAGCUGCAAGCCCAUCUGGUGGCCUGAAGACAUUCCAUGGGCCAACGUUCGCAGCGAUGUCCGCACGGAGGAACAGAAGCAGCGGGUGUCGUGGACCCAAGCGUUGCGGACCAUCGUGAAGAACUGCUACAAGCAGCAUGGGCGUGAAGACCUGCUCUACGCGUUUGAGGACCAGCAGACGCAGCAGCAGACUACGACCACGCACAGUAUAGCGCACCUGGUGCCGUCGCAGACAGUGGUGCAAACCUUCAGUAACCCUGAUGGCACUGUGUCCCUCAUCCAGGUUGGCACUGGUGCAACAGUUGCCACGCUGGCCGAUGCCUCAGAGUUGCCCACCACAGUUACCGUCGCACAAGUCAAUUAUUCUGCAGUGACUGAUGGAGAGGGUCAGCUCUGGGCACAGGAGAAUGAAGCAGUUGCCUUGAACGUCAGACGGCUGGGGAUGGCUAAAGAGCUACAACGAGUGCCAAUUUUGCCUGCGCCCAAGUGCUGGAAAACGAGAUUGUCAGCUGCUGAGGAGUGUGUGAUAGCAGAUGUGGAGCAGAACUGGGCAACGCUACAGGGGGGUGAGAUGACUAUCCAGACGACGCAGGCAUCAGAGGCCACGCAGGCAGUGGCAUCAUUAGCAGAAGCAGCGGUGGCAGCAUCUCAGGAGAUGCAACAAGGAGCAACUGUUACCAUGGCACUCAACAGUGAAGCAGCUGCCCACGCAGUAGCCACGCUUGCUGAAGCCACUCUUCAGGGUGGAGGACAGAUUGUCCUGUCUGGCGAAACUGCAGCAGCAGUAGGAGCACUUACUGGAGUCCAAGAUGCCAAUGGCUUCCUAGCAGCAGACUAUUCAGGUUGCAAGUGGAGCCUAGCAGAGUGUUCAUCAGGUCUCGUCCAGAUCCCCGUCAGCAUGUACCAGACUGUGGUGACCAGCCUGGCCCAAGGCAACGGCCCCGUUCAGGUGGCGAUGGCACCCGUUACCACGAGGAUAGCGGACAGUGCCGUCACCAUGGACGGGCAGGCGGUGGAAGUGGUGACCUUGGAACAGUGACGAUGCCCAGAGCGGGAUCACGGUGAUUUUCCUCGUCUCUUACGCGAAUAAUUUUUUUACGCCUCUCCAGAGAUGCAAUCAGGUGGCAUUGAGUCUCCCAGCUUUGGAAGCAAAGGUUUUGUUAACCUUUUGGGUUUUUUAAAAGGAAAAAAAAAAAAAGAAAAAGAAAAAAAAAAUACUGGCAGAGGAUGUGUGUUAAGUGCAUUUUUAUAGCGCCGCUCUGCUUUCGUAGGAGUGAGAAGCCAAAUUGUGAUGGGACUUUUCAUUUCGAGGAGAUUUAAAAGAAAACAAAGUGAAAUAAAGCAACUCCCCUAGCCCCCAUUCCCCCCCGGCCUGGGAUCGAGCAGGGUGAGGCCUGGGGGGAGCACGGACGCCCUCGGCUGAAACCACUCCAGCAGCAUCGCCGCCGCUCCCAGGCACAGCCCACCGCCGUCCGCACUUGGCAAAUUAGGUUUCAAAAGAUUUUAACGUGGACUUCUAUAUUUAAAAAAUAAGUAAAUAAAUAAAUCCACCAAAAAAAACAACUAACAACCAAAA